GGGACAUCACACAAAAGGGGUAUGAGAAGAAGAGAGCAAAGCUUCUGGCUCCGUAUGUUCCACAAAGCCAAGGUAGGUUGCAUGGAUGGGUUGAUCCAGCAUUACAGAAGGAAUCCAAACCUCAG